GACCACAUCCAUCUCUACCUUCCGGCAUGGGUGACACUGAUGAGAAUGAGCCUCUCCUUGCCAAGCAGCCGCACAUGUCCAUCAACACUGACGAACCGGGAAAGCCAAGGCCAAGCUCAAGUCGGGCGACGGCGACGACCUCGUCCGCAAGGCGACAGACGAAGGAGGCUGGGCUACGGCCAUCGAUCUGCUCAAGCUAGCCAUUCCUAUUUUUGUGGCCAUGGUCGCCUGGGUGGCCAUGAAGACCACCGACUCGGCGCUGCUCGGACACGCUGGAUCCGAGUAUCUCGAAGGUGCAGCACUGUCAGAUCUGUACACCUCGUCGUCGCGGGUCUUUCUCAACACCCGCGUCCUGGGCAUCUUUGCAGGCAACGCCAUCGGCGCCGGGCAGUUGAAGAUGGUCGGGGUGUGGUUCCAGGUCUCGCUGGUCCUCCUUGCCCUCGUCGCCGUCCCGGUCAUUGCGCUGUGGUCCGUCACCGAGCCGGUCCUCCUCCUCCUCGGUGUGGCGCCUAAUCUGGCUCGCAUUGCCGGCCACUACGCGCUCAUUCUCAUUGCCUCCAUCCCGCCCAUGAUCAUCUCGUCUCAGCUGGCCAAGAUGCUCGAGGCGCAACGGAUCAUGUACCCAUCGGUAGUGGCCGCCCUCGCUGCCAUGGCGUGCAACGUGCUCUUUGGCCUGGUCUUUGUCCUUGGCGUCGGCAUCCCGGGCUGGUCCGGAUUUGGCUUCCUCGCCUGCCCCACCGUCACCGCCGCCAUGGAGUGGCUUCAGCUCGCUGUCGUCUACUUUGUCUUUAUCGCAUGGAAGGGCCUGCACAAGCCGUGUUGGCCGGGAUGGGCCUGGCGCCACGUGACGCGGACCCGGCUCGUGGCCUACGCCCGCCUCUACGGCCCUGCCUCGCUCUCCAUUGCCUCGGACUUUGGCGCGUUGCCUUUAUCGGCACCGUUGCCGCCACCUUUGGUGCCACCGAGGUCGCCGUCUUCACAACCUCGUACCGCAUCAUGUGGAUCGGCCUCACCUUUGUCGGCUCGGUCUCGGCCGCCGUUAGCAUCCGCCUCGGCAUCGCCUUUGGCCGCGGCGAUGCCGCAGACGCGAGAUACCUUUCACUCAUCGGCAUGCUCAUUGUCUGCGUAUUCGUCGUCGGUGUCGGCUCGGGUAUUGCGCUCUUCUCGCGCCAGCUCGGCUCCAUCUUUUCCUCAGACCCGGUCAUUCUCGACGAGUUUGAGCGUGUCGGCCUCCCGCUCGCCCUCACCACUGCCUUUAUGAACCUCUCGGUCGCCUUUGAGUCCAUCGUCAAGUCAAUGGGCCGCCCGAAGAUUGUCCUCUACACCGGCUUUGUCGGCUCGUGGGUCUUCCAGGCUCCCGCCGCUUUUCUUCUCUCGCGCUACGUCCACUACAAGUCCAAGCUCUACAUGCUGUACUGCGGCAUGACCGUCGGCUACAUCGCCGUCCUCGCCAUGCUCGGCUUUGUCAUCCUCAACACAAAUUGGGCCAAGUACGCCGCCGAGGCUCAGGCCCGUGGCAACGACAAGCUCGACAAGACGCCGGCGCCCGAGGCCAGCCCGCUGCUGGCUGGUGACAGUACUGCCGACGCCGACGCCGAUGCCAAGUCGAUGCCGUAGUUUAUCCCGCAUCCUCACCCGACCAUCAUCAUCGGCGUGUGGACUGUCGAGGGCACCGGCCCCGCGGUAGACCACGCCCAGCUCACUUCACUGUACGUCGCGUGGACGCCGAGCGUGAGUGCUUGGUCGAGGAGCCCGUCGAACACGUUGCGCGCCACGUUGAUCUGGUCGCGUGCCGCCCGCGUGCUGUGGUCCACGUACUUGACCACAAACGACGACCGUGCCACGCCCAUGUGCGCAAACUCGUCCGAGUCGUAGAACGCCGCAAAUGCAACAUAUGGAAAGAUGAGGACAGAGACCGAGCCGGGCUGCAUGUGGUACUGGUUGGUGAAGCCAGCUCCGGUCACCCCAAACACAAUCGACGAGUUGGACAUGACUGCGAGGCUCUCCUCGUAGCUCAUUGCCUCGAAUGAGACAACCUGCGUCAGGAUGCCGCGCUCCUCGGCCCAACCGCGCAUCUGGUCCACCAGGCCGUCGCGCCACUGCCGCGCGUGGGAGAUCUUGCGGUCAAUGAUGGUGAGGACCGGCCGCUGCAACCGCGUCUGCUUUGCAAACACAAACGACGGCACCU